GAAGGCAGCGGAGGGUCAAGGAUGGGCCGGUGCCGCGGCGGCCUUUUCGGGGUUGCCUUGCUGGCCACGACCAUCGGCUUUGCAGCCCGGGCGCAGCCCCGGCAGGUGAACGGCGUCCUGGGGGGGUCCGUGCUGCUCUCCCCGCUUCUGCCCCCCAACAAGACGGUGAAGGAGAUCGAGUGGAGCUUUUCAGCCGGCGCCGGUGCCACCGUUGUGGUGGCAGGGUUCGGCCCCGGAGGCUUCGAGCGCCCCGACCCCAAGGACCAGUUCAAGGAGCGGCUGGAGAUGUUCAACGCGACGGCGCUGAAGAUCAGGGCCCUGGAGAGGGGCGACAGCGGGGUCUACGGGGCUCGGAUUAAACUGCACCCGGCGCUGGUGGAGGAUCAGUCCUUCAACCUCUCCAUCUACGGGCCUGGCGUGCCCUGGAGGAGCGGAGACGAUCCAUCCACCUGGCCAGCGUCUGCUGGAACGGAGGGGAUGGCGUCAGGCCCGGCCGCUGGACCGUGGUGGCUGCAGGGAUGCUGCUGGCAGCCUACGCCGCCAGGCUGGAGUUUCCCAAAGUCCCUCCGUGGCACCGUCCCCAAUGAAGAAGGAUGCGGUGACAGCUCAGACCUCCGUGCCCGCCUUCGCCGACGCUCUCUGCUUCACUCUGGCGCUGCCCGGCUGCUCCCUGUGCCGUGGGGACAUCCCUGUCUGUCACAUGCCAAGAACUUCUCCCAGCCGCAGGGAGCAGCUCCGGCAGCAGCGCGUGCCAACGGGAAUGGCGACCUUAGGACCGAUCCCGUGUCCUUGUCCUGGGUCCCACCCCGAACAUCCCGGCAGAGGAUGGAGCUGGCAGCAUUUUCCGGCGCAAUGGUGGGGGAGUGAUGGACCCAAAGGUUCCCAAAGUUCGGUGCUUCCCAAUGUCUGGAGCCGGCACCCCACGCCUUCGGGCAAGCCCCGGCGAGGUGCUGCCAUCUCCCCGUCCCGCAGGGACCACGGGGGAUGUCUGACAUGGUGACGCUUCACCUCGCCGGGGACAUCCCCGCCUGCAAAACCCCUCAGCGCCGGCUCGUGGGCAGGAGGGUUCAGCAGAAGGAAACCCCCGCCUCGCGCAAGGGCUGGUGUCACCCCCGGCCAGCGCCUGCCGCAGAGCCCCGUCGCCGGAUGGAUGGUCUUCGUGCCACCCAGCCACGUUGUUCCUCAGCUCUCAGACCAGCCAGUUUUCCCCGUUUCAACUCAGCAACUUUCAUUUCCCCUCUGCCUUCCAGAGGUGUGGGAGGAACUGGCGGAGCGGGCGGCGCAUCCAGCCCCUGCUCGGCUGCCCGCUCCGCUCGGGGAGACCCCGGCGGGCAAUUUUGGGGCGUUCACUUGUCACAAACAUCCCGUGUCCCUUCCCCAGGCCGCCCUCAGUUUCCCCAGCACUUUGAGGAUCCUCGUUUGAAUGCGCCCCGUGAGAAGGGCCGGAGUGAAUUGUCCCCGGGGUGCAGGUU